CACCCGACUAAGGAAAGUGAAACCCACGCGGUCAUACAUAGACAUGAUGCUUGCAACAGUUUUAACUAUAUAACGACCCAUGACUUAAUAAUCUUACCAUACGCUCAUUGUCACUUGACUCAUCCAGUCCCCCAGCACACACCAUGGCGUUCAUCAAACUUAUCAUCACCACCAUCGGCCUCAUAGCUAGCUGCAACGCUAGUGGGUUCGCCGUGCCCGCCAUCCGAGCUGGGCCCAUAGUGCGGUACGCUCCAUUCUACAACUUCCCGAAUACCGUGCGGUCUAUCCACGCGAUAUCGCCCGCGUUCCCGGCCGUCGCUCCCGCGUUCCCUGCGCCCCCAGUAGCCGCCCCCGUGGUGGCCCCCGCGCCCCUCUUCGCGCCGUACCAGCCAAGAUUCGUACCCGGGCCGGCUCCAGUGUUUCCAAGGGCGCUGCCGUUUGCGCCCUUCUCUCCUAUCGUCCGAGCAGUAGCUGCACCUCUGCCUGCGCCAGUGCCGGCGUUCCCAGCCCCUGCCCCCGUGUUUCCCGCCCCAGUCCCCGCCUUCCCACCGCCAGCGCCAGUGUUCGCGCCUGCAGCGGUAGGCCCGGCGCCUCCCCCGGCUCUCUUCACUUCAGCUCCUCACCUGGCAUUCGCGAGGGCUCUGCCUCACUUCCACCAUCACCACGAGCACCCACUUCACCAGGUCAGAGUAGCUGGACCUCCCCCAGCCUUCGUAACUGGCCCUCCGGCUGGGGCAUGGAAGUGA